AUGGAUUCAAUCACAAGAGUGUCAGCUUGGAUUCGACAGCUGGAGAACAACACUGAGAAGAUGCUCGUCAAGGCAGCAGCCGCCAAGAAGCUCCAGGUGACCUACUUGAAGAUCCUAGAGUUCCUGCAGGAGGAGGUGCGCCGCAUGCCCCUGGUGGUGAGCGAGGCAGAGGCGGCUCUGAAGAUGCACAGCGCAGAGCUGCAGGCCCUGAGUCGGAUCACACAGGACGCCACGGCAGACAUGCAGCACGCCAAGGUGGCACUGCAUGGUCUGGAGCAGGAUUACACGGAGGAGAGGAAGGUCCGGGACACCUCUCUGGCCGUGAAGAAGAAGUUGGUGGCUGCGGAGAAGCUGUGUUACAAGGACAACGUGGAGAAAUCCGUGCCAAGGAGAGAAAGACUGAAAGACCCAAAAACUGAAAUGCGUAUUAUAUCAGAAACAUCAAUGACAGGUCUGAAGACUGGUGCCAUGUCCUACAGCGAGAUCCAAGCCAAGCUGUGCCAGAACCUGGACAAGCUGAAGGGGGCCGUUGGCUGUUCCGAUAUCAAGGCAAUCGAGGGCAGGCUGGUGAAUCAGAGAGCCAAGCAGAUGCACCUCCUGGGCAUGAUUGCAGAGAGCGAGGCCCAGGAGGCUAAGCUCAGGUCCAGGCUGAAGGAGUUGCAGCUGGAACAUGCCCAGCACAAGUUCCACCUGGGACCGGAGACUGAGAGGGAGGAGCGCAUGGGGCAGCAGCUCACUGAGGAGCUGGAGAGGGAGGAGCGGAGGAGGGACCUGUGGCGCUCCAGACUCCGUGUCACUGAGGACAUCCUCCAUGCCUCUCAGGACGGGUUAGACGACCUGUUCCUCAAACUGUACUCCUUCACCCUCGAUUCCAAGAAGCCAGUUGAAAGAGCUCCCCUGGACUCUUAUGAUAAGCUGAUAAGCUGUGAGCUGAAGAUGCUGAAACUGCUGGAUUACUUCCUCAGCCUCUCUCCGCCGUUGCAGGCCUCCAUCGAGGAGCACGACAAGGUCUGGCAUUUCAUAGAGACGACGGCAUCGAACGAACCCGGGAACCUGAAGAUCCACACCCAGCUGAUCUCAGAGACUGCGUCUGAAGACUCGUUCCAGUUCCUGAACCACGAGCAGGAUUACUCCCUGAGCCGCGAGGAGAUCAAGAAGAGGGGCAGCCAGCUGAUCGAGAAGCACGUCCCAAAGAAAGUGCAGCCGGCCGGGCCGAAGAACUAGAGGCGAAAUCGCCAUCCAUCCCCCCUUCCCCGCCAUUGCCGUGCACAACACAGGGACAAGGGAAUUACAGAGAGAAGAAUUGCAUAACGAAGAAAUAAAAGCAUGCAUUAUUAUUAUUCAGCCAAUCUAAAUGUUUCUGUUUUUUCCUCUUUGUGUGUGUGUGUGUGUGCAAACCCCGAGGGAGGCCUGUUCAAACGCUCGGUCCGAUCACAGAGCACACAGCCCCCGCGUUACCCCGCUGGGAAUGUCCUGACCACAGCAGAGGCAGCUGCGCUGUGACAGUGUGGACUGCGGUUCGAGAGCGUGUUCGC